AUUUUUAUUUAUUAUCUCUGGGAUUUCUAAGACAUUCGAUAGAAUUUAUAAUUCUGUUGCGCAAUUUAAAAGGAAGGAAGUAAAAAAACAACAUUAUUGAAUCCUAAGAGCAUUUGGGCGAUUUAUUUGAACGGCAACUCUUGUCUUGAGAAGACAUAAAAGGAUCAGCCUUCUCAUUUCAAAUCAGUGUUUAAAAUGAGUGACUGAUUCUACUGAUACUUCUUCAAAAAUGUACCUCUUAUACGUUGCUCUUGCUUUACUCCUCAUCUUAAUCCUGUGGAAAAUCAUCAAACUCAGCAUUUGGAGGAACAAAUGCGGUCAGCUAAUGCCCGGUACCCACCCAGGAUUCUUCAAUCCACUGGGGGAUGUGACGCCUUUAAUACCCAAAUACUUAAUGAGUCCUGAUAGCAAUACUUUGCAUUUAAGUUUUAUAAAACUGUUAGGAGAAAAAUUUAACAAAUUCCGAAAUGAAACUAUGUUUUGUUUAUGGGUAGCUUACGUACCAUUUGUUAUGAUUAUAAAAGCGGAAGGUGCAAAGGAAUUGUUGAAAGGAAUGAGAACCAAUGAAAAAAGUUGGGUUUACAACUUUUUUGAACCUUUUUUUGGGGAAGGACUUUUAACGAGCGGUGGGGAGAAAUGGAAAGCUAGACGGAAACUGCUGACACCUUGUUUUCAUAGUGAUAUCAUGAAAGAUUUCCAAUUAAUUUUUAAUAAAAAUUGUCAGAAACUAGCUGAUUUCUUUCAAGGAGAAACGGAAAAAGAUUUUACAAUAAUUGACUAUCCCGUAAAGCUUUCAUCUCUGGAUAUGAUGUGUGAGACUAUUUUUGGAGUGAGUGUAAAUGCUUUCGAAAAUGAAGAUUCGCAAUAUGCGAAAGCAGGCGUGAGGAUGGGUGAUACAUUUAUGAGCAGAAUAUACAACUUCUGGAUGUGGCCUGAAUUCAUUUUUAGAUUGACCAAGAGUGGCAAAGAUUUCCAUUACCAUUUAAAAGUAAUACAAGACUUUACGAUAUCGGUUAUCAAAAAGAAAAAAGCUCGCUACUUACAAAAUCAAGAAGAGUUUGAGAAAAAAAAGCGCAAGGCACUGAUGGACAUGUUGCUGGAACGACAUUUCAAAUUUCAGGACAUGAAUGAAGACGACAUCCGAGAAGAAGUGGAUACCUUCAUCAUGGAGGGUCACGACACCAUCGCCAUUUCCAUGAUUUGGACCCUGUAUCUCAUCGGACUUUACCCAGAAGUUCAAGCUAAGCUCCACGAGGAACUGGACAGGGCAUUCGGAAGUGACAGGGAUUCGGCUAUAACGAUAGACGAUCUCAAUAAUCUGAAUUACAUGGAAUGUGUCAUAAAAGAAUCUAACAGAAUCUACACUAUUGUGCCAAUAUUUGGGAGGCAGAUCUAUGAAGACACUGAUAUUUGUGGUUACACUGUUCCAAAAGGUUCUUCUUGCAUGGUGUUGAACUAUUACCUGCACAGAGACGAAGCCAUUUUUCCUGAUCCUGAAAAGUUUGAUCCAGACCGAUUUUUGCCAGAAAACGCGGCUAAUAUUCCCGAGUAUGGAUUCCUUCCUUUCUCUGCUGGCCCUCGAAACUGCAUUGGUAAAGUGUUCGCUAUGCAGGAAAUGAAAACGAUCCUCAGCUAUAUUUUGCGAAGAUUCGUCCUGCAGUCUCUCGAUGGAAGGGAGAAAGUGUUGCCAGUGUUCCACGUGACCUUGAACAACUCGAUUCCCGUCCGCAUCCGAAUCAGAAACAGAUCGAGUGAUAACUGACUAGAAUGCACAUCUUCUUUAUGAUCAUCGUUGUUGAUGCAGAACCUCCAACUUUCAUUCUGCAGAUAUUUUUCAUCCACAUUCUUUGUCGAGUCUUAGUACAAUUUCUUAUAUUGAUUCCUGGUAUAAAGAAAGGAAUUUAAAAAAUAAAACUAAAAUCAUUAAAAACAGAAAAAAAAAUCAGAAGAUUUUUUAACAAAUGUGAUUUAAAUGAGCAGGUUCACAAAAUCAUUUGCAUUUCUUUUAUUUUUCAUCGCUAAAGUAUGAAAUAAACAAUGGUUUAUUUUUAUCUGUAGAAUGCCUUCAAGAUGCACGUUAUUAUGUUCUCUGUGGAACAUAUGAAAAAGAUUGAGAUGCUUAUAAUAAUAAAAA